UAAUAAAUACGUUGUUAAGACCCUCAUAAGAGCCGAAACAAUCAAAACUUCAACCCGACCCGUUAACAAGAUGUCAAAUACCGAUAAUCAGUCUUCUCUUCAUAAGAAUUUCUCAGCUAUUUGCACAGCUCAAUCACCAAGCACAAACACUGUACAAUUUAAAAGCAAAUACUUACACCUAUAAAUCUCCAUUUCUCUCCGAUUUGGUUAAUCGACCAUUUUACGGAUCUCUGAAAAAAUAAUAGAAAAAAAUGGCACCAGUCUCAGCUCUUGCAAAGUACAAGCUGGUCUUCUUGGAAGACCAAUCAGUCAGUAAAACUAGCAUCAUCACUCGCUUCAUGUAUGAUAAAUUCGAUAACACCUACUAGGCUACCAUUGGCAUGGAUUUUCUAUCAAAAACCAUGUAUCUUGAAGACAGAACUAUUCAUUUGCAGUUGUGGGAUACAGCUGGACAGGAAAGAUUCAAAAGCCUCAUUCCAAGUUACAUUAGAGAUUCCUCAGUUGCUGUCAUUGUAUUUGAUGUUGCAAGUCGGCAAUCUUUCCUGAACACUUCAAAAUGGAUUGAAGAGGUUCGCACUGAGAGGGGCAGCGAUGUCAUCAUUGUCCUUGUUGGGAACAAAACCAACCUUGUGGAAAAGAGGUGAAUGUUUAAUGGCACUAAACUG